AUGCCAAAGAACCAACAAGCACCCCCAAAGUCAUACCAAUGCCACCGGUGCAGCCGACUGUUCUCAAGGUCCGAACACCUCCAGAGGCAUGAAAGAUCGCAUACGAAAGAGAAGCCAUUUCGAUGCCCUCAAUGCCCAAAAUCAUUCACUCGAAAAGAUUUGCUCUCUCGACAUGACCGCCUUUCCCACCGCUCGAAGAUAGCAUCAGACUCUAUGUCUGCGGCUGUUCUUCCAGUACCGUACUCUUCUCAGCGCCCUUUGACAUCCAUUAAUGGACUGCUGAAUCCUCUCACGGAACGUUCCAGCACACCGCCAGACUUGAACCAAAAAUCGACAGUCCAAGAUACCAAUGUCAGCUUGAACGCUCCUUCGGAUGCAGCCGAUGAUUUGCCAAUAGCCACGGGAGUAUCAAAGCCAUACGAUGACAACAUUGCUCCUCAAGACAACUAUGUACAUCAACAACUCAACUUUUCUCUCGAAAAUGAUCAUAGCGAAUAUUUUGCGAUCGGAUCUUUGGACGAUUUCACAUCUUUUAUGGACAGCGUCUCCGUUCCUACCCAUCCAUUCUCUCCGACUUACCAACCCGUCCCCUUGCUUUUCCAAGUACCUGAGCCGCCCUUUGUAGCCUGCUCCGACGGAUAUUUGCCGUCUAGUUCUUUGUCGAGCAAUAGAAGGCUGGGCGAGCUAGUACCUAAGAUUUCUGCCACUGCUCUGCCAACUAUGAAGAAGUCCAGUCAUACCUUUUCCCAAAUCGAACUGCAGCUUCCUUCACUGCACCCAGAGGGCCACAAGCUAGCAGAGCCGAUUUCACAACCGAAAGAUCUCCAUUUGCAAAUAUCUGCAGACUGUCGGCAACGAAUAAUCAACGAGCUAGAGAAUUUUCCCAAUUGUGUUGAUGAAGACUUCACUCUACCAUCAAGACACGUACUGGCUAGGUUUUUUGGAGGAUAUUUUAGCUCUUUCCAUGACCACUUUCCCUUUCUCCACGUUCCGUCUCUUAGGCCCGAGAAUAUCACGGCAGAGUUAUUCAUCGCCAUCGCAGCAGUUGGAGCUCGAUAUACUCAUGAAUUGAACAUAAGCAUUGAUCUGUUUCAUGUGGCAAAGGCCUUGGUGCUGGAACGUAUUCGCAGGCAUAAAGCCACACGAGAUCCUGGCUUCUUCAAAGACAGACAACAAAGUACUAUUGAAAUAUUAGAAACAGUGCUUCUUUUGGUUGCGAUCACAACUUGGUCUGAGCCGGGAUCCACGUCAGAUGCUCUGUCGAUGCGCAGCCUGCUGGAUAGUCUCAUUCGCGAAGAAGAGGGACUUCGGGUUAACCAGGAACCAUAUGAUGAUUGGGAAAGCUGGAUCCACUAUGAGAAUAUUAAGCGAAUCCUCUUUGUUGCAUUUUGCUUCUUGAAUAUGCAUACCAUGGUAUUCGAUCUCCCACCCAUUAUGUGGGCAAACGAGGUAGAUGUCGACCUCCCGAGUUGUGAAAAAGAAUGGAGGGCACAGAGCAAGGAGGAGUGGGAAAGUAUACACAAGACUGUGGCUCAAAUGGGCUCAAAUUUUCGAAACGCUUUUAGGGGACUCUUUUCUGGCAUCGCUGAGACGCACGAGAGAUUAAAGAUGAAUCAACCGAGUUUCUCUUCAUUGGGAGGAUGUGCCCUAAUUCAUGCUCUGAUUCAAAAAAUUUGGCUAGUCCGAAAUGUUCAAAUUCCUCUUCAGCAGCCUGAAGACCUCCUCUCAGCAGAUCAGAUGGGUGCUUUUGAGAACGCACUUAGAAAUUGGGCUAUGCAUUGGGAGCAGAAUCAAGAGUCUUCAAUGGACCCCUUGAGCCCCCAUGGCCCAAUUGCUUUCACCUCUACAGCUCUUAUGAGGCUAGCCUAUAUUCGAAUUAAUAUGAAUCUAGGCCCCAUACGCUAUCUAAGUAACUGGAAUCCCCGAUUGAUCGCAGAGUCGCUUCAUGCGAGCCCUUCAAUCCAGCGAAGCGAGAGAGUGACGCAGGCGGCCCUUCAUUGUGCCCAUGCCCUCAGUAUUCCAGUUAAAUUAGGCCUGAACUAUAUCGCCGAAACCCAAGUCAGGUUUUGGUCAAACCAGCAUGCUUUGUGUUCCCUGGAGUGUGCUUUAUUGCUCUCAAAGUGGCUAGAAUGCUCCACAGUGAAAGACCCCAGCCCACCAUUGACACAAGCAGAGACACGGCUCCUGGAGUUUGUGGCUCAGCUGGUUACGGAAACAGAAUACCGGGUUGGCUCUGGGAAAACGAAUAAGAGAAAUAUUUUCCUCAGUGUGCAGACAGUUCGUCUAUGGGCACGAUUGUACCAAUCUAAGAGCGUGUGGGAGGUGGUCACUUUGAUUGGCGCCUCGCUAAACAUAUAUGCGGAUCUAUUAGAACAGGAUUGCUUGCUGGCUAGCUAG